AUGCAGCGCAGCAAGGAUGCCGAAAAAUUACUGAUGAUCGGAACAGGCGGUGGUUUUGCCAUGGAUGCGACAGCUCCCUACCUUGAUUUUUGGCCGCGGAUACAGACGACUCUCGCAAAUGCUGGCAUAGAAAAUGCCUGGUUCCAUUGCACAUAUACCUUGACACCGCACGCGGCAUAUCCGACUCAGUUUUGCGAAGCCGUUGAAGCUCUACGGUAUAUUCUAGAGGAUGUUGGCCACUCACCGUCGCAAGUCCUACUAGUUGGUGACUCUGCCGGCGCAAAUCUGUGCCUGGCAGUACUGUCUCACCUAACGCAUCCCUCUGAAGACGUGCCAGAGCUAGUCAUUAACGAACCCAUCAAAGGUGUUGUUCUUAUGUCUCCGUGGGUUUCAUUUCGCCACCAUUGGCCGAGUGUAGAAGCCAGUGAACAUAGGGAUAUCGAUGCAGCGGAGGUCCUGACGGAGUGGUCGCGAGCGUAUCUCAAUGGGAGGGAGUCAAACAACUAUAUAGAAGCAGCGGAAGCACCAGAGUGGUGGUGGGACAACAUCCGAGUCCGGCAGACACUGGUGCUCGCUGGUGGUGACGAGGCUCUAUCAGACCCGAUUAAAACUUGGGUCAAUAGCUUCAAAGAAGCAAAUCACGAUACGGCUCUGGUAAUCGGGGAAAGAGAGUGCCAUGUUGCACCUCUGGUCUGGCCGAUGUUUGGUGACUAUCAUGAGACCCAGCAAGAGCGAGCCUUGAAGCAUUGGCUUCUGGAACGGCUAAAUUAA